AUGCUCCUCGCCGCUAGCCCGCAGCUCUUCACUCCAGUCGUCGCGCCGCCGUGCCCGACGCCCGCGGCUGGCAGCCUUGCCGCAGCAUACCCGCUCGAGCCGCACGAGCUCGCUGGCCCAUCCGCCGUGCAGCACGCGUGCUCCCUCGAGCGAUACCUCGAGCGCCAGCCGCUGCCACCACAUACACACGAUGCGUUUGGCGAGCUCACUGCGUGGCUCGACGCGGCCGGAGAGCGGCCGCUCAUCCUCGACUCGGGCUGCGGCACCGGCUUAUCCACCCGAGCGCUGGCGCUGGCGCACCCGCAGUCGCUCGUCCUCGGCGUCGAUCGGUCUGGCGAUCGGCUCGGCCGGCGACUCGGGCCGCACAAAACAGGCAAGGACGCCGUCCCGCCCAACGCGCUGCUGCUGCGAGCAGAGCUCGCGACGCUGUGGCGCAUGCUGCAGAUGUCUGGCCACCACCACCUGCUGCUCUACCCCAACCCGUACCCGAAGCCGCGCCAGCGCGGCCGGCGGUGGCACUUUCACGCCUCGCUCCCGCUCCUGCUGGCGCUCGGCGGCUCGCUAGAGGACGGGCUGACUCUGUUUGAGCGCAAGUACUGGACGUCCGGCGAGGGCCUCUACCGGCUCGCGUCGCCCGGUGCGCUUGAGCCAGUCAGCGGCCGAGUGGUGCGUCAGUACCUCGAGGCCCUGGGCGGGCGGCGAGAGGUUGCCAGAGCGGCUGCCGAGUCGUGUGCCGACGGAGUGGCGCAAACACCGUAA